AUGUGGAAUGUGAGUGGCCAAGAUGUGAGCUGUACUCUUCCGCUAAAGGAAACCACUGCCCUCUUAAUCGCUUCCAUUCCUGUCCCUUUUCCAACUUCGAAAAACGCGGCAUUCUUUUCAUUUAGCUUCCACCGAAGCUUCCAUCACCUAUUGGUAUUGGUCUCGUUCCUCAAGCACAUUCAAUCUAACUCUACAGGCCAGAUCUCUGGUACCUUGCUAGUCACUAUGGUACCUAGAUUCCGCAAUCUCGACACCGAUUCUGUCGACUCCCAAGCCGUAGAUGACAUCUUUCCCAUAACUCCCUCCCAGAGAGCCAUGGAUGAGUCCCCGUCGUCUCCUCCAAUUUUCUCUACUCAGACUCCAAUUCGCGUUCCUGAUACUCCGCGAGCAUCACACCAUGAGCAGAAUCCAGGCCAUCGGCGACGAUCUACUACCACCAUUGGAGGUCGUCUCGCCGCUCCCCGACGGAGACUUCCCGUUAUAAACUCUCGACGCGACUCACAGCGAUCUGUUGAUAGAACCCCCAAUCGGGUAGCUCGUCAAUAUCGCCGCAUGCGUACUCUUGGUAACAAUCAGCGACCCGGAAGCUUCCUACAAUACAUCUCAUCUGUUGAGGAUCUCAGUCGAGCAAUCGCUGGCGUGCAGCCGACUGACCCCCCUGAGCAUGGGAAUAGACGACUCAUUGCGAGCCGUGCUUUGAGAAUCCGUUCCAUCUUCAGAAACCGCCAGGUCCAAGUUUGUUCCUGGCAAGACCCCCAAACACCAACCCCAGUCUUGGUUCCCGAUAUGAUCGGUCAAUUGAUUCAUACAUCCAGGCCUCAGCCAUCUCAUCCACCGACCAGCAGGGUGAUUGCCCCACCGGCGGAACCGAUGCCAGAGCCUUCUCGGCUGAGUAUGGAUUCACGGGGCAGUACAGAUAGCGGCGUCACUGAGCAUGAUACUCAGCCCUCUGUCCGUCAAAACCGCCCCCGUUGGCCGGGACACGUAUUGUAUUGCGACUGCGUUAUUUGCGAUAAGUUAAAUGAGCCUUAUAGUCCUUAG